AUGUCUGUCUCCUUGGGCGAGAAGUUCGACAGACGCCCCGAGUACUGCCGCCCGACUAAAGCGGACCGCCUCUAUGAUCACAUCUCCCCGGAACUUAGCUGCAAUGAAUGCGACUAUUCGAGGCUGGUGCAGUGGAGUGCGCAGAAUACGAACAACCCAAUGAUUCAUUACGGUACAGUCGCCUCAAGAAACCAAGUCAUGAAGAAUGGUACUCAGAGAGAUAUUGUUGCUCGACAUCUGAAUGUCAUCUGUUUCGAGAUGGAGGCUGCCGGGCUGCUGAAUAUCCUCCCUUGCCUACCUGUCCAUGGAAUCUGCGACUACUCCGCGAUUGGAAAAGAAGUCAAAACUUAG